GAAUCGAUAAUGUCUUUUCGAGUUAAAAGGAGUACGGAUAAGUUGAUCCGAUGACUGCCACCUUGUGCUACUCUUUGUGUUUGUGUGUGUGUGUGAGUUUCUGAGUGGGGAAAGAAAAGCCAAGACACAGAAAAAGAAAAAAGAAACAAGGGAGAAAGCCCAUGUGAGCAAUCUUUAGAAUCUAUUACUAGUACUACUACAAUGCUGAGCAAAUAAUUUAGUGGGAUUUAUGAGAGUUUCUUGGUUGUUCCCUGGCCAGAGUCCCCUGAGCCCUCGUGCACUAACCCUUAUCUGUCGCUCUCUUUCUCCCUCUCCCUCUCUCCUAUAAUUCAAAACGAAGGGAAAGAAACCUAUAUUUAAUCCAUAAUAAAUACACCCCGCUUCAGUUUGAACUCUGUAUAUAUUGAUUCUCUUGUUGUUCUGUGUCUUCAUUGGAUCUUGGUUCUCUUUCCUUUCUCCUAAAGGGGGCUUACUCUCAGGAGCUUGUUUUGACCGGGAGAGGGAUUGGAGGAAGCAUAUUUAUCACCAAGUCAGCUUGGUAGUAGGGGAGUUACAAUCGAAUUACUGAAGUAGUGUCUCCUCUGUGCAUUUCUGAGCAAAUAUGGGACAUUGCGUUUAGUGGUCUCAAGAUAAUGGUGUUAAGAAAACAGGGUCAAUGAAAGUUAAAAGUAGGAGUUGACUAUUUGAGUGAUGAGUUUUGGCAAAUCGUUGAUGAAGAGUCAAUUGUGAGCUUUGCCACUGUAAUUUUUCAUGGAUCACAUGUUUUUUAUGUAUGGGGACUUUGAAGAUGAUAUUGAGUGUUGUAGAGUUGUGAAUGAAGAAGCAAUUCCUGUACCUAAUUCAAGUGCUAGACUAGAAAAUCCUUUUCCAGCAAAGCUUUCUACUGGUUUUGAUUUGUCAGUCAAGGGAGGAAAAGUGGAUAAUUUGGGCAGUGUUCCUAAAUAUGGGGAUGUGGUAUGUCGGGAGGAGGAAGUGAAGAUAGAGAUAGACAACAAGGUGGUUGGAGUGGUGGCUGAAGACCCAGUGGAGAAGGACAUGGAGAAGUGUAAAUCAGUGAGUGCUAAGAAGCCUCCAAAACCUCCCCGGCCUCCCAGAGGAUUGUCACUGGAUGCUGCUGAUCAAAAGCUGAUCAGAGAGUUAGCUGAACUUGCUGCUAUCAAACGCGCAAAGAUUGAGCGGAUUAAGGCACUAAGGAAAAUGAAAGCUGCAAAAGCAUCACCAUCUUCUUCAUCCUCUAGUGGAAGCUUAUUUGCCAUGCUGUGUACUGUUAUCUUUUGUGUUGUUAUUAUAUGCCAAGGAAUGUCGUCUAGAAAUAACGCAGCUGUAAUUCCAGCUGGACCAAGGGAUGGUAGAUUCAUUGCAGUUCAGGACCCCGUGAAUCUCUCUGCCGUUGCAAAAAAUUCGGUGCAUUCUGAACCUCCCAAUAUAGAGGAACAUGCUUCUGGUUUAGAUACUGGGAAUUCUGGGAAGAGAGCUAUUGGUGAACGAAAGCUGGCUGAGAAGUAGAGUGUGUUUGAUGCAAGUACAUGAACGAAUAAUGGACAUUGCACAAAGGGUAUUGUAAAUACCAGAAACCUCAAACAUCAUCAUCUGUGUUAAGGCUACUCUAACCUUUAAAAUGGUUUUCAUGGGCUUACUUUUCUGAAAUCUUGUUAAACUACGAAAAGCAUCCGGUCGAAAGCCAUGUAUGAGCAGCAUUUACGUGACAGAUGGCAGGACUAUGGCGUCAGUGAGAGUAAAUAAGUUACAUAUUUUUUUUGCAGAAUUUGGUGUUAAUGACUCUAGUAGCGCAUCAUGCCUGCUUAUGUAGCGGGCAUCCUUGAACGUAAAUGAAAAGAAUAAGACCCCUCCUUCCUGUUGCUUGAAAUCUGGAUGGUAUCUCAACUUGCGUGCAUGCAUUCUCAACUCUGUGCUUGUGAUGCUUUAAUAAUUCUUGGUUUUAGCUGAUGAUAUGAUAAAUGGGGACUGACUUUUCAUUUGAA